CUGUAGCGCUGGCCAUUUCGAUCCUUACCAGAGAUGAUGAUGGGGCUUUGGAAUCUCCGCUGCAUUUUCCUUUUUGUUUCGAUACUUUUAUUUUGAGAUUUUGAAGGCAAACAUAUGUUUUUGCUCGACCAUAACCCUGCUAAUUCUCUGGAUUUACUCAGACCAUGAUUUUGGUUUUGGAGAAUUACUUUGACCAGUGAGGUGUACCAGUCGUGUAUUUUAGACCCUGGUUUUGCUGUUUGUGGUCCACACUGUAGCUUUUUGCAUCUUAGGUAUACUUUACACAGGCUUCCAGAUUUUAUCAAAUGCUUCAGAUUGUUUAGACAAUUGGAAAGAUUUGCUCCUCUCCUCUGUGGACUCGUGCGUCCUCUGUUCUUAGAAGACAUGGGUGAUUGAGGCUCAACAAAACGUGAAUCCUUUUUUUUCACUUAAAAAUGUUUUGAGCCUUCUCAUAUCGCACCCUUCCUCUUGUCACCUGUGAGGACACCAGGAAGAUUUUAUCACUUAGGACCAUCCAGGUGCCUGUUCCAGCCAUUGCAUGACUGCACAACCCUGACGCAUCUGCAGAGGACACGACUGCGGCAAUGGAGAGUAUUUCAAACGAAAGUGACUUUUGGCAAUUCAACGAAUCCUGGAGGAACUCGAGUCUCUUCAACGGUACCGGUGGGUUGAAUCAGACGAAUCCGCUGAAGCGAAAUGAGGAGGUCGCGAAGGUGGAGGUGACCGUGCUCGCCCUGGUGCUGUUUUUGGCGCUGGCGGGGAACCUGUGCGUCCUGCUGGCCAUCCACACUACCAAACACAGUCAGUCCCGAAUGUAUUACUUCAUGAAGCACCUGAGCAUCGCUGAUCUAGUUGUGGCGAUUUUUCAGGUUCUCCCUCAACUUAUCUGGGACAUUACAUUUAGGUUCUACGGGCCGGACAUUUUGUGCAGAUUAGUGAAAUACCUGCAGGUCGUUGGGAUGUUCGCGUCCACUUAUAUGUUAGUUUUGAUGUCUGUAGACAGGUGUUUGGCCAUUUGUCAGCCCCUUCGUUCUUUGCAUAGGAGAAAAGAUCGUUUCUAUGUCAUAUUUUCUUGGGUCCUGAGCCUGCUCUUCAGUAUCCCGCAGAUGUUCAUCUUCUCUCUGAGAGAGGUCGGCUCGGCCGGAUCAGGAGUGUAUGACUGCUGGGGUGACUUCGUGAAGCCUUGGGGUGCCAAAGCUUAUAUCACAUGGAUCAGCCUCACCAUAUAUAUCAUUCCCGUGGCCAUACUGAGCAUUUGCUAUGGUUUGAUAAGCUUCAAAAUAUGGCAAAACUUUAAACUGAAAACCAGGCGGGAGCAGUGCAUAAGCCUGACGCCCAAAACCUCCAAAGGCAACACGCUGGCCCGCGUGAGCAGCGUUAAGCUCAUCUCCAAGGCGAAGAUUACCACAGUGAAGAUGACUUUUGUAAUCGUCGUGGCUUACAUCGUCUGCUGGACCCCCUUUUUCUCUGUUCAGAUGUGGUCUGCCUGGGAUCCAGCAGCGCCUCGUGAGGCCAUGCCCUUCAUCAUCUCCAUGCUGCUGGCCAGCCUCAACAGCUGCUGUAACCCCUGGAUCUACAUGUGCUUCGCGGGGCAUCUGUUCCAUGAUCUCAGGCAGAACUUUCUGUGCUGUUCUGCUCGCUACCUCAAGACAUCCCAGUGCCGCUGUGAGCGUGAUUUUGAUUCCAGUCACAAGAGCAACUCCUCAACCUUUGUUAUUAAGAGCACUAGCAGUCAGAGGAGCAUCACACAGACAUCUACUACAUAAGUACUCACCCUCCCUUUCUAUUCUCAAACUGCCCACCUGGGCCUUUCACCACAUGCAGUCACCCCUAAAAUACCCUAGCAGUUUGACUUCUUCAGAUACCUCUUGCCCCGAGGCUUGCUCUUCAAGCUCAAAAGGGGAAUAACAACGA